AUGGUGAGUGAUGGGGGACCCAGGACUGCAUGGCGCUUUGAUAAGUACAUCGUAGCCCAGCGUAAGGAAGGGGAGGACAUAGAUGAUCUCCUGAAUGCUUUUGAGAAUGCCUGUGAGCUGCACAGGGUUGACCUGGCAGACAUGCUCUGUUUUCUCACCCUCUUACUGGACCCCAAAGCCGUGGUGAUGUACAGCCGAAUGGAAGGGGUGAACGCAGGGGACUACGAACUAUUCAAAAAGGCCCUGCUACACGAGUUUGUGCUAACUCCCAAGAUGUACUGGGAAAGGUUCCGGAGUCAGCACAUUGAUGAGUGCCAGAGAAACGCCACAAUCUGUGAGCCCCAUGGGAACUGCAUCAACAUGCCAGGGAGUUACAUGUGUAAAUGCAGUUGGGGAUUUGGGAAGAAUCAAAAGGAUACGUCUAAGGUCUGCACAGACAUCGACGAGUGCCACAAGACCCCAGAAAUCUGCAGCCCCAAUGUCAUGUGUAUGAACACCUACGGAAGCUACUGGUGUGAGUGCCGGGCCGGUUAUGUCCCCUCCAAUGGGAACACGACCCUGUGCCAAGAGCUCACCUGCCCCCCGCUGCUGGAUGAUGACAACUCUGCCGAAGCCAAGAACCUCCUGGGCAGCUUCCAGGCACAGGUGGGACGUCUCUGCAAGGCGGCGCUGGAGGAGCUGAAGCAGAUGAACUCUCAGAACGCCGAGGGGAAGCUGCAGGAGAAUGUGUCUUUCCUUUCAUGGGGAUUGUGGGAAGGCAUCGCAUCCACCAACGGCACAGAGCUGGGGCUGGCGGUCAGGAAAGCUUGGUACCAGAGCCAGGAGACGGUGACGCUGCAGCAGAGCAAGACGCAGAUGGAAUUAAAGUGGGCCGGAGCCCCAGGGCAGAAAAAUGAAGGCUUCACGCUGGCCGGGCUGCUGACAUACCAGGGGAUGAGCCCCAUCCUGGAUGGUGCUGGGCGGGUGGAGGUGCCCGAGUGGGACGAGAUCGGCCAGACGGGGAAGUGGGCACAGGAGCCGGGGCGGCCCAGCUACCACGUGCUGUCUCCGGUGGUGUCAGCCCUCAUCAGUGACCCGAAUCCCCAGGCACCCGGCCUCUCCGUCAGCAUCUGCUUCAGCCACCCGGUGCCGGAGAACAAGACCGACCUGCGCUUCUUCUGCGCCUACUGGAAGCCUGACAGCAGGCGCUGGGCCACCCAUGGCUGCACCCUGCAGAAAUUGACCACCACCAUCACCCACUGCCAGUGCAACCAUCUGACCAGCUUCGCCGUACUCAUGGCCUUCUACGAGCUGGAGGAAGCGACUCUCAGUUUCAACAUCGUCACCUACAUGGGACUGACCCUCUCCCUGCUGUGCCUCUUCCUCACCAUCCUCACCUUCCUCCUGUGCCACUCCAUCCGCAACAUCAGCACCUCCCUCCACCUGCAGCUCUGCCUCUGCCUCUUCCUGGCCGACCUGCUUUUCCUCACCCAGGUGACCCCCACCGGCAGUCAGGUGGCGUGUGCUGUCAUUGCUGGCCUCCUACACUACCUCUUCCUGGCCUGCUUCAGCUGGAUGUUCCUGGAGGGGCUGCACCUCUUCCUCACCGUCAGGAACCAGAAGGUCGUGAAUUACACCAGCGCCAGCCGGUUCAAGAAGAGAUUCAUGUACCUGUUCUGCUACGGCUUCCCAGCCCUGGUGGUGGCUAUUUCUGCAGCGGUGAAUCCUGACGGCUACAGAACUUCCAAACACUGCUGGCUAAGCCUGGAGAGAGGCUUUCGUUGGAGCUUCCUCGGUCCAGUCUGUGCCAUAAUCCUGAUAAAUAUAACAUUCUUUGCCCUGACCCUGUGGACCCACAGAAACAGACUCUCCUCCUUCAGUGCAGAUGUGUCCACCCUCAGAGACCACAGGUUACUGACCUUUAAAGCCAUCUCCCAGCUCUUCAUUCUGGGCUGCACAUGGAGUCUUGGUCUCCUCCAAGUCGGCCCAGCAGCCAUGGUCAUGGCGUAUUUAUUCACCAUUGUCAACAGCCUGCAGGGAGCCUUCAUCUUCCUGGUGCACUGUCUCCUCAAUCGCCAGGUGAGAGAGGAGUACAGGAGAUGGAUCAAGGGAUUCCAAACUUCCAGCACAAAAUCUCAGACAUCCGAUCUAUCCAUGUCUGCUUUCCCCACCACCAAGAUGGUCAGAGGUCCUGUGCUCUGUUCCAGUACCAGCCUGUGAAAC